CUAACCUAAUUUUCAUUUUUAACGUUGCUGUACUUUCUCUGAGAAUUAGGGUUUGUACUUUCAAAAGAUGAUUAUCGGCAAACUUGAGAGGGUUAGAUCUCAUCAACAAGAAAUUACACAUUCACUAAUGAAGGAGAGAGGAUUGGGAAAGAUAGAAGGGAUUGAAUGCUUUGUAGGAAAACCCUAGCUAUCUAGCAACAUUUGUGAACCAACUUUUAAGAACUCGUAACUUCAGAGAAAUUUUUAUCUAGUCUAGCAACAUUCAGGUGACUACUAAAGUGGAAGUUAACAUUCUACUACUUGGAGUUAUAAGAUGGAUGCAGAAUUAGAUACUAGUGGCUUGCUUGAAGUCGAGGAUUCUAGUUUUGCAAUCAUGGGUGAUAUGGAUACCACUUCUUUCGAGAAUGAAAAAUGUGGGAUAUGCAUGGAUGUUGUCAUAGACAGGGGUGCUAUAGACAGCUGCCAGCAUUGGUUUUGCUUUUCAUGCAUCGACAAUUGGUCUACAAUCACAAGUUUGUGUCCACUUUGUCAGAAAGAAUUUCAAUUGAUCACAUGUGUUCCAGUAUUCGACACGAUUGGAAGUGGCAGAGCUGAUGAUGAAUUUCUCUCAGGAGAUGAAGAAUGGAGCAUUCAGGGGUCGAAUAAUACUCUUUCAUUUCCAUCAUACUACAUUGAUGAAAAUGCAGUUAUCUGUUUGGAUGGAGAUGGCUGCAAGAUAAGAAGUGGUUCAGCAAAAAUUGAGGAUGAUCCAAAUCUUGAUACAUCUAUCGCUUGUGAUUCUUGUGAUUUAUGGUAUCAUGCUUUCUGUGUAGGAUUUGAUACAGAAGCUACAUCCGAGAAUUCGUGGUUAUGUCCAAGGUGUGUUGUUAAUGAAGUUGCACAUAAAUUCGAUGGGGCUUCAGAAAUUGAUCAUGAAUGUUCAGGUGAGACUGCAUUGUCUAAACCGUUACACGUAUCUGUUGCUGAUGCCGGAGAAACUGCUGUUGUUGUCUCCUCGGUUGAAAAGAAACAGUGUGAAGUUCCGAAUGAUAAUAUUGCAUCAGCCUUCGACACGAAAGAGGAUAGAAUAAAAGAACACUCUUUGUCUUACGCUACCUUUAGUAGUACCACACUGGAAAUGGAAUCUGUUUAUAAUAUACAACCAAACAGUAAUCUACCGGAAGCUUUGUCAGCACUUUCCUUCUCAUUAGAUACUCCUGGCAAAUUGAAGAGUAAUGGGGUUCAAGUAAAAGUUGCACCAGUUAUUUCUGAUGGAGAUAAAACUUCUGUUGAUAUGACCUCGAAUGGGAGUGAGCCAACUAUUAAUGUACCCAGUUUUAAUCUUUAUUUUGGCUUAUCUUCGCAGUCUUCUUUAUCAGUUGACAAGAAUGACUUUAAUGCAACUGAAAGUCACAUGGAAGAUCUCAUGCAGCAGAUGCCCUUGGAAGAGUCUUCCUUACCAGCUAAAAAGUUGGGACCUGAUGCUAAGGAGGCUGCUGUUGGUUUUAAUGCUUUAAAGAGAAAAGUUAUGAGUCAUAGUAGUGGUCACAUCGAUGUGAAUGAAGACUCUGAAAUUGGGAUUAGAGAAAACAGUGUCAAAGGGGAUACUGGAGUUUCUGCAAUGAGUGCAAGAGCUGAUAGAAAGUUCCCAAAAGCAGCAUGUAACUCUGGAGUUAGAGAUUACUUGAAAAGAGGACCCCAGAAACACCCUAAGCUCCCAGCAGCUUCUGAAAGUGACAAGGUAAAUGAUGUUACUUAUAAGAAGCGUGCGGUUCCAGAUAUUAUGACAAUUGUUAGAGGGACACUAUCAAAACCUACUGUCAGGUUAUCUGACGGAAGAGAUAAUGGAGCUGGAUUAAGAGUAAAGAAGAUAAUGCGCAGGAAUGUGGAGGAUGCGUCAUCCAAACUAUUAGAGGAACUGAGAAACCAAAUUAGAGAAGCAGUUCGCAACAAAGACACUAAAGAUCUAAACAAAUAUGCAUUUGACCCAAAGCUGCUUAAAGCAUUUAGAGCUGCUGUUGGGGGAAAGAAAGCUGAAUCAGAGCCAAGUAAAAAGCUCGAUCCUUCAAUUGCAAGGGCGAAAAAGUCAAUGCUGCAAAAGGGUAAGACACGUGAGAGUUUAACGAAGAAAAUCUACGGAAAUGUAAAUGGACGGCGUAAACGUGCAUGGGACAGGGAAUGGGAAGUCGAAUUUUGGAAACAUCGUGCCACAAAUAUUAGCAGACCUGAAAAGAUGGAAACUCUGAAAUCUGUUCUUGAUCUUCUGAGGAAGAGUUCUGAGAGCUCAGAUGUGGAUAGUGAGCCUGAAGAUGAUGCUAAAAGUUCAAUUCUAUCCAGAUUGUAUCUUGCAGAUACUUCUGUUUUCCCUAGGAAGGAUGAUAUCAAACCUCUAUCAGUUCUUGCAGAGAUUGAUAACAAUGAGACAAAUUUAGAGUAUAAAAUUUCAAGUCUAACCGAUAACGAUAGAGUGGGCCAAAGCCUUAUUCACAACUCUAAGAAUACCUCCGCAGUUAGUGGUCCUUCAGUUGGUGAUAAAAGGAAAAUCAACGUUUCCCCUAGGUUGAAGGUUGAAACUGCUAGUAGGAAACCAAUGGCCCAUGAUUCCAAAAUGAAGGCCCAAUCUAUGAAGGAAUCGCCUGGUAAAUCUGACCCGAAGAUUGAUAAAAGGAAGUGGGCUCUGGAGGUUCUCGCGAGGAAAACAGCAGUAACAGAAAGGGAUUCUAAUCAACGGAAACAGGAAGACAACUCUGCGCUUAAAGGAAAUUACCCUUUAUUGGCACAACUGCCUGCAGACAUGAAACCGGUACUAGCAGAAAGUCGUCAUAAUAAGGUUCCUAUAUCAGUUAGACAGGCACAACUUUACCGCAUGACCGAGUACUUCUUAAAGUUAGCAGAUCUCCCUGUUAUCCGCAGAACUGCUAUAACUGAGUUGGCUGUUGCAGAUGCAGUUAACAUUGAAAAGGAUGUUGUUGAUAGGUCAAGUAGCAAGCUAGUCUAUGUAAAUCUCUGUUCUCAGGCUCUACGUCAACAUGUACAUAGCAGCAAACUCGUUGGACCUGAAGAACCAAAUCCUUCUUCAUCAUCACCACCUCAUCCUGAAAGUGUAGAACCUUCUCCAGGAGAUUCCACCGAUCCAUCAAUCGAGGAAGCAUUGAAAAUGGCAGGACUUGUAUCCAAUUCCCCUGGUGACAGUCCUUAUCGUGUUACAGAAAAAGAACCCGACAGUGUGUUUGAUAUGGAUUCUCAUCCAGAUCUUGAUAUAUAUGGGGAUUUUGAGUAUGAUUUGGGAGAUGAAGAUCUAAUUGGUGCUAGUGCUUUAAAUGUAUCCAUGUCACAAACGGAGGAAGUAGAUAUGAAAAUGAAGGUGGUGUUCUCUACCCUUAACACAGAAAAGAUAGAUCAUUCCCUGAACUCUAAAGACCAAAAGAUGACAGUAACUGAUGAAAAACCACCUGAUAGCAAAGAAAAAAACAUGGAAAACUCAAUGUUAGAGUUGGCAACAAAUACUUCUUGUCCUUCAUUAGAACAGUUACAAGGUGAACUAGAUGGGGAGCUUUCUUUAGCAGAAUAUGAAGAACUGUAUGGCCCUGACAAAGAACCCUUAGUAGAAAAAUUUCCAAAAAUAGAAUCAGUGGAGCAAAAUAAGUCAAUCAUUGGUUGUGGGGAUAUUGUAAAUCACACAAUAAGUAAAGGAUCUGAACAUCAAGGUGAGAGUUCUGCAGAAAAAAUGGUCGAAGGAAGUUUCCCUGCUGAAGUUGGGUUUUCUGAGGGGAAUCACUCGCCAAAUCACUCCUUGAUGAGUAAGAGUGUCAGGCCGAAGGACAAGAAACCCCAAAGUGGCAAGCAGACUGAGAUUAGUCACUCCGUAUCUAAAAAGGUUGAAGCUUACAUCAAGGAGCACAUCAGGCCACUAUGCAAGAGUGGUGUCAUUACAGCAGAACAGUAUCGAUGGGCAGUGACUAAAACAACAGAAAAAGUAAUGAGAUACCACAUGAAAGACAAGAAUGCAAAUUUUCUCAUCAAGGAAGGUGAAAAGGUGAAGAAGCUUGCUGAAGAAUAUGUUGAGGCCGCACAAGAAAAGGGUGAAAACCCCCUGUAAUUACUCAUAAAGAGUUAUUCCAGAUUUUUUUUUUCGAAGUCUCUUUACUGAAGUUGCAAACUAGAUAGAUUUAUAGACUCGUAGGUGUGUAAGAAGUCUGGACUCUGGAGCUGUUUUCAGUAGAAAGUAAACCAAAAGUAGAUUACUGUAAAUCGUAGUAGCACAGUGAUUAAAGAGCUGCAUGUAUAAUUCAGCAUAACCUUAGUUCCAGUUCCAGAUCGUUGCUUGUUGCAUUUAAUGAAGUUGACAUCCGGGCCAUAGUUUUUUCACAACCAA